CUUGCCUUUCCUGUGAUGGGCUCCAGUCUUGCUGCGACCCUGCAUUGGUUGUGGCCCCCCGGCUCAGGACUCCCCCCACACUACUGCGCCACUGUGAGACGCCGCCACCGCCGCCACCCCCGCGUCGUAGGAUGUCCCGCAGCCCCGAGGUGAAGGAAGACCCCAUGGAGUGCCCCCUCUGCAUGGAGCCCCUGGAGAUCGACGACGUCAACUUCUUCCCCUGCACCUGUGGCUACCAGAUAUGCCGGUUCUGCUGGCACCGCAUCCGCACGGAUGAGAACGGGCUGUGUCCCGCCUGCAGAAAGCCUUAUCCAGAAGAUCCGGCAGUCUACAAACCCCUGUCACAGGAAGAGCUCCAGCGGAUAAAGAGCGAGAAGAAACAAAAGCAGAACGAGCGCAAGCAGAAGAUCACAGAAAACCGCAAGCAUCUCGCCAGCGUGCGUGUCGUACAGCGCAACCUAGUGUUCGUGGUGGGCCUGUCACAAAGGCUGGCCGACCCCGAGGUUCUAAAGAGGCCAGAGUAUUUCGGGAAGUUUGGGAAGAUACAUAAAGUGGUGAUCAAUAACAGCACGUCAUAUGCGGGGUCUCAGGUAAUUAGCAGGGCUCCACACUGCCAGGCAGGGGUGCGUGUGUGCGUGUGUGCGUGUGUGUGUGUGUGCGUGUGUGUGCGUGUGCGUGCCUCUCUAGGUACAACGAAGUACUGCAGCUACUUCCUGAAGAGCAUGCAGUGCCCCAAGCCAGACUGCAUGUACCUGCAUGAGUUGGGGGACGAGGCGGCCAGUUUCACUAAGGAGGAGAUGCAGGCGGGGAAGCACCAGGAAUACGAGCAGAAGCUGCUUCAGGAGCUAUACAAGAUGAACCCCAGCUUCCUGCAGACCUCAGCCCCCGGGGGGGAGAAGUCAAAAGGAAAAUCCAGCUCUUUACAAAGGCCAAACAGCAACAGCAAAGAGGCGUGGCCAUCGUUACAGACCUCGGGCAAGACCGCCAACGGGCUGGGCAUUGACCACCGGAAGACGCCCCCGCUGCUGGAUGGCAGCUCCGACUCGGAGCACACCACGCCGGACGGGCAGGAGGCCGAGCUGGGCCUGGGCCCGGUGCCCGCCCUCUCCCCCUUCUCCUCGGGCUGUGACCUUGCCAGCCCGAGCGACAAGCCCCCAGAAGCCAUUAGCAUAGGUAACGGGGAGAGCUUACCGCUGGUCUCCAAUAGCGACUCGCCCUCGCCUCCCCCCGGCCUCCCCAAGCCCAGCCUGGUGGUCCCCAUCAGCCUGUCCAACCUCACAGCACGCUCGCCCUUCGAGGGAGCGGCCGCAGAAUCGCAGUCUCUCUUCUCUGACAACAGUAACUUCCGGCAUCCUAACCCCCUCCCCGGUGGCCACGCCCCCUUCCCUAGCUCCGCCCACAGCAACCCCGACUGGCCGACGGCGCCGGAGCCACACAGCCUCUUCACGUCAGACACCAUACCAGUGUCGUCCUCCACGGACUGGCAGGCGGCCUUCGGUUUCGACUCCUCCAAGCAGCAGGACGACGACCUGGGCUUCGACCCCUUCGACAUCACCCGAAAGGCUCUGGCUGACCUCAUUGAGAAGGAGCUGUCGGUUCAGGACCCCCUGCCCCUAUCGCCAGGCACCCUGCGUGGACCGCAGGCCAAAGGGGCCCCUGGUGCAGGCAUCCAGCCCCCUCACCGCUCGGCCCAGCCGCUGCACCGUACCGUCUUCAACUCAUUCAGCUUCCCUGGUCCGGCCGCCCGCUACCCCUGGGCCGGGCUGCCCACCCGGAAUCACCUGGCGCACCUUAACCACACGGCCAACGCCACCUCCAACAGCCACUUCCUGGACUUGAGUUUGCCAGCACAGCACAGCACCGGGCUGGGGGGCAUACCCAUCACAGAGGGAAGCAGCUCAGUAGAAAGUAUAAAUGUGAAAGAAUGGCAGGACGGCCUCAGGGCACUGCUACCUAACAUCAACAUCAACUUUGGGGGACUUCCGAACUCGUCGUCCUCUUCUUCAUCAUCCUCAUCCUCCAGCGUCAACCACACGGGGGCGCCAGUCGGCUCGGGGGGUGUCUCGCACAGUCUGAGCUGGGACGGGACGGCCAGUUGGAUGGAUCCAGCUAUUAUAACAGGUAUCCCAGCAUCCUCAGGCAACAGUUUGGACUCUCUCCAGGACGACAACCCCCCACACUGGCUUAAGUCGCUGCAGGCUCUCACAGAGAUGGACGCUCCUGGCUCGGCCGCGCCCCCCCAGCCCCCGCACAGUGCCCCCUUUGGAGCGCAGAUACCCCUCCACAGAGCCGGCUGGGCGGCCUACCCACCGCCUACCGCCAACCCCGCCGGCCAGUUCCACUCACCCCCGCCCGGCUUCCAGACCGCCUUCAGACCCCCCACCCAGACACCCACAGAUCUGCUACAGAGUGCCGCCAUGGACCGUCACUAGGGAUGGCGGCCGGCCGGCAAGCCCAAUAACGGACACCCGUCAGUUGAUUGAUCGCAAAACUAUUAACGUAAUAACAGCAUUAUGUAUUUUUUCCUACCCUUCUCCCUCCGUUUCUACAGCCCCUCCACCAUCAGGCUCCUCCCCCUGUCUCUCACAUUACUACAUCACCUCUGUCUGUCCAAUGAAAGCAAUUACAGUUCCCGCCCAGUAGGUGGUGCUGUGUUGGGGAUACCGGGGUCGUGUUGAUCAGAGCCAGCAAUCGGCAGGAUACUCUGAAGAAAACAGUUGUGCGAGAUGGAGUCCCCGUAAGGUCUGAACACCGCCCAGCCUUCACCAAGCGUGCUCAGAAGAGGUUUGCGUGAGAAAUGGAACUGAAGAAACGUCCUCUGGAGAAGAGAAGUGCUGGGAUAGAAACAGGGUAGCUGGCGAAAGACAACAGAUCUGCCUUUUAAAGCAAUGCCAAAUAUGAGCCCCCCCCCCCCCCAAAUUCCAUGGUCAGGUUGACCAAAGGACUUUGGAAAGUGGGCAUUAUGGGCAAAGAGAAGCAAGAUAAUGUUGAGGCUCCUCAGAAGUCCUGUGCUGCUGGGAUUUGGGUUGGGCCAGUGCUUAGAGGUGCUGUGGUCCCCCCCCCAUCGGAGUCAGGCCCCACUCCUACGACCCCGAAAUCGCUCCUUGAGGGUGGGGUGGCUUUGCUGGGGGGUUCGGGACGUUCGUCAUGCUGACGGUAACGCGAGCGACAUCAGGACCGUGACCAGGAAGGCCCGGCUGAGGCUCGCACCGAUCAUCUCACCUCUCUUCUGCCUCUCCAGAAUCUCCACGUCUAACCCGGCCUUUGCUUUCUGUCUUUGCCAUGGCAACAGGGAGGGGGGGUGGACAACCCUUCAGACGGUUUUGUUGUGUUCGUUUUUGGGAUGGAAUCAUUCACUGAUUUAAAAAGAAGCAUGUUUGAGUGAUUCAGUGAUGCCUGAUUUCAUGUUUUAUUUUUGUUUUAUUUGGGAUAAUGCUAAGAAAUUAACUAUCAUUGGUUUUAGAUGAAAAGGAACCACGAUGGUGGCAUAAUGAAUGUUCGUACAUAUGGGGUUGUCCUCCCCCCCCCCCCCCCCCCCCC